GCUAACAUAAUUUAUUUUCUUCUAAAUUAUAAUCCUCCAUGAGAAGCUAUCACAGUGCUCAAUCCAAACCCGCGACAGUAAGAACUGAGAAGGCGUCGGUACCAGAGGCGUCAGAAAAAUCACCUUCAUCAGCUCCAACAAUAUCUUUGGUAACUAGUUUGGAGCAAAAUCUAUAAGGUUGACAACUUCUCUGUAAUUUAGAAGAUCACACAACCUGAUAUCUCUUGUUUAAUAUUUUAGAAGGAUCAAUAAGUAUAUAUCUACAUACUCCAUGGACAACUUUCAAGGGAUUCCUCCCCCGCCUGGUAUGGAGUCCUCACCAAACUUUGCUUCCCCAACUUCAACUGUACAUUCUUCGCAGCACUUUGGCAAUAUUCCAAGGCCUCAUGAUCAAUUCAUUCAACAUCAUGCGACCCAUCCAUUCCCUGUACCUCCACAUGCAACUCAUCCUCCACAUGGCCAAGCUUUUUUCCCACAUGUUGGUCCGCCACCCCAAUUUAGUGUUUCUCCAUAUACUCAAUUUCCUGCCCAAGUGCCUAAUAAUUAUCAGUACAGUAAUGGGUUUGCCCAUCCAGUGCCAACCUAUCAACCUCCGCAACAAUUGGUCCCAGGUAUUAGUAACUUUAGUGGGGCUCCAUACAGCAUGAAUCAAUCUCCUCAUUCAGGAACAGGAACUGGUGGUGUUGGUGCUCGCGAACCAUUGCUCGUGAAAGAUUUAGGCAUUUCAGAAAAUGUCACGCAGACAAAUGAGCAUGAGAAGGUCCAUGAGGAUAAAAUUAAUGGUGCUCAAUCUGGAACAGUGUUGUCUGAACCAUCUAAAUCACAAGUUGAAGCUGUGCAGGGAACUCCUUUAGUGGACUGUGGGCAGAACUCUGUAGAUGACCAAGCUUCUUUGCACUAUCGUGCACGGCCAGAUGAUGAGAUUGAGACUGCUGUUCAGGCUGCUGUCUUACAUGAGCAAGAAGUUGCUACCCAGAAGAUUAUACAGAGCCAAAGACAAGCCAGAGGAACUAGCACGCUUCCCGAAGAUAGUAAAGACUUCUUAUCAGAACAGUGUGAUCCAAAUGCUAUAAAGGGACAUUUACUAAAAUUUACAGCAGAACACAGAGCAGAAAUGGCUGUAAAGCGAGGGAAGCCCCCUGAUACUGGAAAAGAUAACUUGGAAAUAGGUAAUGGCUAUGGUGUGCCAGGUGGAGGUGCUUAUUCCAAUACCACAGUGCCAAAAACAUCAGGUUUUGGUGGUGUUGAAGUGAGCCAAAAGAAAGCUGACUUGGCUGGAGAAUCAAAUCACAAGCAUGGGGGAAAGGAGUUGCCAGAGUUUCUCAAGAAGAGGUUGAGAGCAAGAGGAGUUUUGAAAGAUGAUGCUGCUAAAGAUGAUUGUGUUGCAAAUUAUUCUAAGCUAGAGGUUCAACCAAUCCAAUCAUCAGGGAAUCUCAACUUGGCUCCCGAAUGGGUUGAAGCUAAGGACCCUGAAAGUGGUGUUUCAUAUUAUUACAAUCAAAGCACCGGAAAGAGUCAGUGGGAAAAACCAGUGGAAACAAAUCUGAGUUCUCAAAGCCCUUCGACUUUAAGCAUAACCGAAGAUUGGGAGGAAGCACUUGAUGAAACAUCUGGUCAAAAGUACUACUAUAAUAAGAAAACCCAAGUAUCACAAUGGGAACCUCCUCAAGUGAUGCAGCCAGCUUCUAAAGUGCUUGUGCCAGAUGGUACUUCCAGAAAUGUUCAUGAUGGUAUUUGGUUGGAUCAGUCUUCCAUGCCGGAGAGAUGCUUGGGUUGUGGUGGUUGGGGUGUAGGACUUGUACAGGCUUGGGGAUACUGUAACCACUGCACAAGGAUUAAACUUCCUCAAAGCCAACACUUAGGGCAAGGUGGAAACAGGCUGCAGAAUAAGAGUGACAUGAACGGCAGACAAGAUCCAGACAAACAAUCUUUUAAUCAAAGGUCCAGUUCACGACCUCCAAUUAGUAGAGGAGGUGGAAGACACCAUAAAAAGCGGACUUAUAGUGAGGAUGAUGAGUUGGACCCUAUGGACCCAAGCUCUUAUUCUGAUGCUCCCCGUGGUGGCUGGGUUGUAGGUCUUAAGGGAGUACAGCCACGAGCAGCAGAUACUACAGCAACGGGGCCUCUUUUCCAGCAGCGGCCAUACCCUUCUCCGGGAGCUGUGUUGCGAAAGAACGCAGAAGUUGCUACACUUAAGAAGAAACCUGGGUCUAAUUAUACACCAAUCUCUAAGCGAGGCGAUGGAAGUGAUGGACUGGGUGAUGCUGACUAAAUUGUCAAAAGUGAUUUUAGCACCACAUUGGGUCUUACAACGCUCUUCUCCUGAAGGGUUGUGUCCAGAAAAUUUGGGGCUUUAGGCUAGUCAUUGUGUUUGUAAUAUUUUGUUUCUAAAAGGUGGACCCAUAAGGAUAGCAAACAUCUAUGUUUACUACUGAUGACCAAAGACUAAUCAAGUAAUCAACAUAAGAAAAACGUCCUUUCCAAGGAAAUUGUUCCUAUAUUUGACCAUUUUGAACGUGCGGCAUUCAAUCUCAAUGUUUGUUUUAUUUGCCUUUUGAAAAUUCAACUUAUGAAAGAUAUUUGAUCUCACAAAUUAUUAAAAUAGACGAUUUAAUUAUAUUA